AUGGCGCCUGAUCCGAUUUCCAACAACAUCGUCUUCAAAUACGGUGAUAGGAUGAUCCUGACGGAAGCUCCCCGAAGCCUUCAUGCUGCCCAGCGUGACGUACGAGAACUUUUCAAACUCGAGACCACUGAUGUGAUUGAAUUCUUCUUGCGUGUUCCCGAUCAUGGCUUGGCUGAACUAUCCAAAUCAAGCUGGCGAAAUCUACAAUAUGGAUCAGUAAUCGAGAUGACCACAACGCUCCACGAGAAACAUGGGUCUUUGUCUUUACCCGACAAUGCUUUGAUGCGGUCUGAUUUCGAAACACAUUCCAACAGAUCCUCUUGGACCGAUAAAACGGCAGUCGAUCCAAUAGAACCCCAUGAUUCUGAGCUUGAACACCCUGAACAGACGAGUGGUGCCGAUUUUUUCGAGGUUCUCACAGAUCCGAUGACUUCUGUCCAAGUGGAACUACCCAGUGAAAAGGGACUCGUAGAAACACUAGAAGUGAAAUUACGUCGCUCUCAAGGAUUUCAAGUCUUGUUUGGAGACCUUUCUUAUAAGCUUUGUGUACCAACAGAGCAUUUACAACUUUGGUUAAAUCGUGGAAGAAAACUCAAAAGAAUCUCACCUACGAAAUCUGUUGAGGACUUAGGAAUAAUUGAUGGAGAUAAGAUUCGAGUUCGAAUUCGAAUCAUCUCUACACCAAAGAUUUCUUCACCAAAAUCUUCAGAAUUUCCUAUCACUUGGACUGAAGGUUUCUUAAAACCUACUUUCGCUUUUCCUAUGUUGAAUGGUUCAUGCCUUCCCAAGAGUCCAGCCUUUGGAAGGAGUGAGCGGAUAUGCAAUCGUUCGCCUGCCUUAUCCCCAAAGUGA